AUAACACGGAAACAGCUGGAAGCGUCAGUUCUGUGCGUGUUGUCUGUAUGAAUAAAGAGCCAGUGGUCGGUUGUUGUCUGUAUGAAUAAAGAGCCUGUGGUCGGUUGUUGUCUGUAUGAAUAAAGAGCCUGUGGAGGUGAGGAUGAUGAUGGCUCCAGUGUGAAGCAGCUGCAGAGAAACACAACUACCUGGUGGAGAGGAAGAGGAAGAAUGGCAGACGAAGCUCCUUUCCAGUUUCUCCAUCACGAAGUGAUCCAGUACAUCUACAAGUCAGCUGACAGCGGAGAGCUGGAGAAUGGAAGAAAUAUCGCCAAACUGGAAAAUAUGGGAUUCAGAGUUGGCCAAGGGCUGAUAGAAAGACUAACUAAAGAUACGGCACGGUUCAAAGAUGAGCUGGACAUCAUGAAGUUUGUCUGUAAAGACUUCUGGACCUGUGUGUUCAAGAAGCAAAUCGACAACCUUCGGACCAAUCACCAGGGCAUCUAUGUUCUCCAAGACAACAAGUUCCGAUUGCUGAGUCAGCUGUCAGCUGGGAAACAGUAUCUGGAACACGCCCCAAAGUACCUGGCCUUCACCUGUGGGCUGGUGAGAGGAGGUCUGUCCAACCUGGGAGUGAAGAGCAUCGUGACUGCUGAGGUGUCCGUCAUGCCUGCAUGUAAAUUCCAGAUCAUGAUCCAGAAGAUGUGACGAGCUGAGCUCACUCUGUUCUCCGCUGCCUUCGUUUGUCUGAUUAAAGGGAAAUAUCUCCAUCUCCACCAGUAAAAUAUACUCCGCUGCACACUUUAGACGACAGUUAGAGUUGUUGAAGCUUCUAAUGUCCACAGCCUCAUCUCCAUUAAUGCCACGGUGAUUAUUUCUGGGAAGAAUUUCACAGUUCUGUCUUUGAAAGUAUAAGAGUCUAAAUGAAUGUGUUGUAUUGUCAUUCUGGAACGAAGGUCAACGGCACUAUUUGAAUUGAUGCACAGUAAACUGAAUGAUUGAAUAAAAAAAGAGAUUUAAAUAAA